CCUGUACCAUGCAUUAGCGUACCAGCUGCACAACAGGAAGAGUGAGGCGGAUAUGUUGUCACUACGGCGACAGGCUGCCAACUUCAUGCUGCGGCACCGAGACGACUUUGAGGCAUUCGUCGAGGACGCAGCAACGCAGCCCUCCGAGUCGUCACCACCUACUGAAGAUUUCUUCGAACGUUACUGUCGUAAUGUAGCCGAGACUGCAAUGUGGGGCGGCCAACUAGAGAUACAAGCCAUAUCACGGGCAUUGGAGAGGAAGGUAGUUGUAUACCAAGCCGGGUGUGAGGCCAUCACCAUUGGCGACGACACUAUCAGCCAACCACUACGCUUAGUGUAUCAUCGGCAUGAUCUCGGCACGGGUGAGCAUUACAACGCAGCCAUUCCCAGUGCAGCCGCAGCAACAUGAUCUUGGCUCUGCUGAGUCUAGUAAGCAGUAUUACAACAGCAGCAGCAGCCAGAUUAGGAGCAACUGCAACCAACCGGCCAGUCCGCAGCUGCCCUGUCUUCAUUCUCCUUGUAUGGUGGUCAACAGGGCGCAGGACGGAGCUGUCCAGCUGUCCGGAGAGCCAAGGUCAAGUGGUAGUAAUGGACAGCAGAAGGAGGAAUGAGUUUCAAGGUCAAUUUUUGUACCACACUUUCCCUGCUGGCAAACUCUCUGCAAAUUUCCCAGUCGACCUGGAGCCAGUCUAAGAAGAUUGGUAUCAGGAUUGUACUGCCGCUAUCCUCCCUCUGCCACUGCCAUAUACUCUACAGGUAGGCUGCUGGCGUUGGGUUCAGUGUUGUUAGUGGAGUUAAGUUGGUUUCUACGGAGUGAGCUCUGUACCCUACCGGGUGACAUGUGCGGUGCUUCUGGUGUUUCUCAGUGUUGCAUUCUUUUCUCUCGGUCCUGGCCGGGGUGGACUCCCUACUGAGCUAGCAGUGCUGACCUCCUGACCCUCUGACCGCCAUGCAAAGUGCCUACACUACAGCUCAGGUGGCUGAUCCGGCAAUGCCUGCAUAGGGAAUCAACCAAUCGGCUGGUGGUGGUGCUGCUGCUGUGUGUGUGUGUGUGUGUGUGUGUGUGUGUGUGUGUGUGUGUGUGUGUGUGUGUGUGUGUGUGUGUGUGUGUGUGUGUGUGUGUGUGUAUGCAUGGGGCAGGCACUUGCACUGGUGCAUCAAGCCAGCUCUCUAAAUCCACCCAGCACACACACCACACGGGCUCUGGGGUCAAUGAUCAUCCUUGUAGCCAUGACCUGGUGCCAGUUGGGUAGAAGUGGUGACCUUCACAUCAAGGGUUAUUGGCCCAGUAUUUUGCAAUGAACCUUGGCCACUUUUAAUUUAAUGCUUUUGCGGCUCACUGUGAAGCCAAGCUGCCGACACUUCUUUUCCUUUUUUAGUCCUCCUUUUCCCCUCUGUCAUGUACCCCUUGUACGUGAAGCAUUAGUUUCUAUUUUG